CUGAAUAAUAAAAAUUAACUUGACAGUAUUAUUGUGUGUAGGGAUGCGAGUCGCUUCAGUCGGAACCUCAUGCUCCAUAUAUGUUUAAAAUGGCAGAUUCAAGUAGACCGCACCGCGCACCAGUCGCCUCCAAAGUCUGGAAAGUUAUGAUUUAAUUUAAUAAAUCACAUGUAAUCGUUUAUAUUUGUGUCGUGAAAAAAAUAAUAAUGGAUGAAGCCUUUGCGCAUUUGGAGGGAAAUAAACAGGGGGAAGGAAAAAAGGCAGGUGUAGCCCCAGAUGGGGGAUGGGGAUAUGUUGUAUGCCUUGGUGUUGGAUUUACAUUUAUGUUUGGAUUCGGCUCUUCAAAUGCCUUUGGUAUACUUUUCAAUAGUUUUUUCAUGGAACAAGACGGUGCGAGUGGUCUUCCUCUAGUCAUAGGUGUAUAUAAUGGUGCAUUAUCAAUUGCAGGGUUUCUAAGCGGCAUAGCCCUUAAGAAGUAUUCGUUCAGACAAGUCGGGUUAGUCGGCGCUGGAUUGUUCGUCUUAGGAGAUAUACUGACAAUAUUUGUGAAAAGGACAUAUCAACUAGUAUUUACAUUUGGUGUAAUACGAGGUGCCGGCUUCGGUGUUAUGAUACCAGUUAGUUUUACAGCAUUUAAUUGUUAUUUUACAAAGAAACGCACAGCCAUGAUGAGCGCUAACCAGACCAUGAGUAGCAUGGCAUCCAUCACAUUUCCAAUUCUAGUAACUUUUUUACUAGCGGAAUAUGGUUUUCGGUGGACUCUUGCGUUAAUAAUGGCUAUAGAUCUACAUUUAUUGUUCGCAAUGAUUGUGAUGCAUCCAGUUGAAUGGCAUAUGGUCAAAGCACCUGAAGUUAAAGAACUCUCAUCACAUUGUGACGUUAUCAAUGUUAAAAACAAAUGCGAGUCCUUUGACGAAGCUGUUAUAAAAAUGUUGCCAGGUGAUGACGUCGUUGAGAUUAAGAAAUCACCUCUGCGGCACCAGUCGAUCCAGAAAAGCAUUAUAAAAAUAAUAUAUGACAAUGUAGAACUUGAUCUCCUUAAGGACCCAAAAUUCGUCAGUACUUUGGUGGGUCUUGGCUUUGCCUUCGUUUCAGACGUGACCUACCUAGCCAUGGAACCAAUGCUUUUAUUUUCCUAUCAGUAUUCAAAGAUGCAAGUCGCGACAUGUGUAAUGGCUGGGGCAAUUGCCGAUUUGGCCGCUCGAUUUUUCCUCGCAGUUUUCACUUAUUUCUACACAGUCGACAGUAGGAAGGUUUUCUUUGUGGGCACAUUUAUAACGAUGAUUUUAAGAAUAGUUCUCAUACUGUCCGAUAAUAUAACGUAUGUCUUCACGAUAACGAUAAUAUCUGGCCUUGUGAGGUGUUCGGUCCAAGUGUUAUUUCCACUUGUGCUGGUAACAGCUGCUCCUGACAGAUUUCCAGCAGCUCUAGCCCUCCACAUACUAUUCUCUGGAUGCCUUAUGUUGAUGGCGGAUCCUAUGAUAGGUGUAAUUUACGAAGCAACGGGGAGUUACGUAAACUGUUUCAUAGCAAUGAGUUUUUGCUGUUUGGUGUGUAUUGUAUUAUGGACUGUUGAGUAUUUUGUUUAUCGUAAGAAAGCGUAAUGGUGUUAAAAAUCAAGAAGAAAAUGAUUUUAAACUUUUAUAUUUGUGUAAUUUAAUUUCUGUGUUUAAAUCAAGGUUAUUGCCGGACCAAUAAAAUAAAAACCCUACUUGGGUAAAAUUACGUAUCAUUAUGGCAACACUAAGUUUUAGUCAUACACUAGCAAAUUGACAUUUGCACAGAGUGCAUUUCUUUAAAAAGUUUUUCCCAACGUUGGGCCCACGCCCCACAGGCCCCCCAUUUUGAUUAUUUAGGGGGCUAAUCGAAAAUUUGUUAAAAUUAUUUGGAAUUUAAAUUUUAGUUUUUUGUUAGUGUUUUUCGACCAAUUUUUAAUGCUAAACCUAAAUAGGUUAAGUUAAGUUUCUUAAGCGGACAAUUAAUUUUUUAAUAUUAAUAAUUAUGUAUGUAUUCGUGGGCGUAAUCAUUUUUGAAAUGAAAAGAGCAUAGCAUAAAAAAGCCAGGGAGUUACUAGUUUAGGCUUUCAUUUCGACAAAUACUUUAUAUAAAUAAAGUUCCUUAACUAGGUUUUAACAGUUUUCGGCAUUUUAACUCUUAUAACUCAUAAUAUCCAAGAAUUAGAGCACGCACAAUCGAAUCGACACUGACACUUUGACAGCUGACAGUCAAUAAUGACAUUUCAAAAAUGUUGCCAUUAGUUCGAAUAGUUUUCCGCAAUUCCGCAAAAGCGGUAUUGGCCUAGUGGCUUCAACGUACGCUUCUCAUCACUGAGAGGCCUAUGUGUAAAUUUAACACUCGCUCGUGAAGGAAAAGCUCGUAAAGAAACUGGCAUGUCUGAAAUCCAAAAAUCGAUGACAUGUCUCAGACAAAAGGCCACCCUACUUGUUUAUGCAUAAUUAUCAAACAAGCGGAUGCAAUCUGAGGUUAAAACCGGCAUAGGGUUGUCGCUCCACUAGAUUUAUUAUUGAAUAGUUUAUCGCAAUAAAGAGAGGUUUUUUAUUUUAUUGGUCUCGCUUUACACUAAGCCAUAUUAUCCUUUAAGUCAAUAACUUCAGUGUUUAUGUUAAUUCGAAUAUUGAACCUAUGUAUGAGGCUUCUAUAUUAUAGUGUUAAAUUCCUACAAUACUAGUAUUAAGCAGUGGUGUAUUUACCAGCAGGCAGAUAGGCUGAGUGGGGCAGAUUAGUGGGACGGCAUUUGGGAACCUAACUAUUUUGGCUACUUCAUAGAAUUGUCUUUUGUUAAAAUAGCUUUUACACAUUAAGAAAAACACUUUUUGAACGGAU